AUGGACGGCGGGAAGAAGGGCGGCCGGGAGCGCAAGGCUUCGCAGGAGCGCAGCGACCGCAAGUCGGGCACCGGGAUGAGCGGCGACGCCAAGAAGGGCGGCCGCGGCGGCAAGUUCACCUGGGAGGGCGUCGACGGCUACACCGACGAGGACCUCGACCUCGUCGCCAACAAGGGCGCCGGGGCCGGCGCCUCCGCCUCCGCCUCCGGCAAGAGCAAGUCCUAG